AUGUUUUUACAAUUUCCACAACCUCAAGUUCAAAAACAAAACAAACUCAAGUACAAAAAAAACCAUAAACUAAAGUUCAAACAAAGCACAAAAUCAAGUUCAACCAAUACCCAAACUCAAGUUCAACCAACACCUGAUUCUCAAGUUUUAACAAUUUUCACAACCUCAAGUUCAAAAACCACCACAAACUUAAGUUCAAACACGCCACAAUCUCAAGUUCAAACACGCCACAAACUCAAGUCCAAAAAAACACAAAAACUCAAGUUCAAAAAUACCACAACCUCAAGUUCAAACACAACACAAGCUGGAGUUCAACAAACACCACAAACUCAAGUUCAACAAAUGGCAAAGUUCAAUCAACACCCAAAUCUCAAGUUUAACAAUUGCAACAACCUCAAGUUCAAACACGCCACGAACUCAAGUCAAAAACACCACAACCUCAAGUUCAAAAAACACCACAAACUCAAGUUCAACCACCACCCAAUCCUCAAGUUUAAAAAUUUCCACAAACUGAAGUUCAAAAAACCACAACCUCAAGUUAAAAAAACCCACAAACUCAAGUUCAAACACCACACAAACUCAAGUUCAACAAAAACCACAAACUGA